UUUGAUUGAUUGUUCUCUAGUCCAAUCCUUAACGUCCUAAGUGCGACGUAAUGUGUUUUUUUGCCUGAUUUUCCCGAGCAGGAGGCGGGAUUCGGUUGGGGGUAAGAAUGUUUACUGUCUAGUUUCUGACAAAAAGGUUAAUCCAAGGAAUAAACGAGACCGGCAAGCAUUAUCCCUCCUCUUCCUCCUUGCCUAGCAGAAUGAAAAGUUAAAGGACCUCCCCUCCCACCCCAGCUUCACUGUUGAGCCAUUAUUGCAGCUAUCUUUCUCCCAAACCCGCACGUAUCCAGGCACUAUACCAUACCCUGCAGAGAGGUGGCAGGCCAAGGAUAUUAAACGUCAUGUAUCAGAUGGUGCAGGGGAAUGUCGCCGCCAGCCCUGUCAACCCCAAGCUCAAGCAGACCAAGCAAAUGCGCCCACUAGUGGGGGCGAGCGUCCUCGGAAUGCUGCUGGUGCUCGCUGCGGUCGUGGCCUGGAGCUACUACACUGCCUCGCUGCGCAAGGCGGACCUGCUCAAGACUGAGCUGCUGGAUCUCAACCGCGAUGGCUUCGUCAUCUGGAACCGCCCGGGCGGGAAGAUUGUCUUCCGCAUGGACUUCAGGUCAGGGGCCCUGGACCUGGACUCGUGUUCGAAGGAUGGUAAGAUCCUGAGCUGCACCCAGUCUGAUGCUGGGAAGCUGAACUUUUUCAUCCAGACGGUGAAGCCCAAAGAGACUGUGAUGUGCUACCGCGUGCGCUGGGAGGAGUUUUCAGAGCGUGAGGUGGAGCACGCCAUGUCCUAUAAGGGGGCGCACUGGUACGGGGGUGCUGAAACCAGCACCCAGCACUGGCCCAUCUUGAUCUCCGGGUUGCAGCCUCCCAAACCGUUUUUGACGAGCGACAUCUACUCUAACCGUGAUGCCUUUGGGGGAAUCCUGGAGAGGUACUGGCUCUCCUCCAGCGCGACCGCCAUCAAGAUAAACGACUCUGUGCCCUUCCACCUGGGCUGGAACGCUACAGAGGAGACCCUCUACUUCCAAGCCAGAUACCAGAACACCCCCUACAAGCCUGCCCCUGGGCAGGAGCCUUUCCCAGAGCUGAGUUACCGUGUCUGCGUCGGGUCUGAUGUGACCUCCAUCCACAAGUACAUGGUUAGGAGGUACUUCAACAAGCCCACCAAGGUGCCCUCGGAAAACAUUUUCAAAUACCCCAUCUGGUCCACCUGGGCCAUCUACAAGUCUGGGAUCGACAGGGAGAAGCUCCUGAGAUACGCGGAGAACAUCAAGAAGAACAACUUCAACUGCAGCCACCUGGAGCUUGACAACCGGUACACCACCUACUACGGUGACUUCGAGUUCGACCCUGUCAAGUUCCCCAAUGCCACGGAGAUGUUCCAGAAGCUCAGGGACGACGGCUUCCACGUGUCCCUCUGGACGCACCCGUUCAUCAAUUACAACUCCUCCAACUUCGGCGUGGGCAUCGAGAGGGGCCUUUUCGUCAGGGAGCCCACGGGCCAGCUGCCCGCCAUGGUGCGCUGGUGGAACGGCAUUGGGGCCAUCCUGGAUUUCACCAACCCGGCGGCACGGGACUGGUACCUGUCCAAUUUGAAAGACCUCAAGUCCAAGUACGGGGUAGCUUCCUUCAAGUUCGAUGCCGGCGAAACCAGUUACCUCCCUGAGCAGUUCAGCACUUUCACCCCACUGCCCGACCCCAGCUACUUCACGCGGCGCUACACAGAGAUGGCCAUGCCUUUUUACGAACGCGCUGAGCUGCGAGUGGGUUACCAGUCGCAGAACAUCUCCUGCUUGUUCCGCAUCAUUGACCGGGACUCCGUCUGGGGCUUCGAGCUGGGCCUCAAGUCCCUCAUCCCUACAGUGCUCACCAUAAGCAUCCUGGGGUACCAGUUCAUCCUGCCGGACAUGAUCGGAGGCAACGUCUACCCCAACCGCACCGACGGCUCAGGGGAGCUGCCGGACCGGGAGCUCUACAUCCGCUGGCUGGAGCUGUCUGCAUUCAUGCCCUCCAUGCAGUUCUCCAUCCCACCCUGGCACUACGACAAGGAGGUCAUCGAGAUCGCGCAGAGGUUCACAGCCCUCCACGAGACCCUGGUGGCCCCCCUGGUUCUGGAGCUGGCGGGGGAGGUGUUGGAUACCGGGGACCCCAUCAUCCGGCCCCUCUGGUGGAUCGCCCCCAAUGAUGAGAAUGCCCACAUAGUCGACUCGCAGUUCCUCAUCGGGGACACCCUCAUGGUGGCUCCCGUGCUGGAGCCUGGCAAGCAAGAGAGGGACAUAUACCUCCCCAAAGGCAAGUGGCGGAGUUACAAAGGGGAGCAUUUUGAUAAAACGCCCCAGCUGCUCACUGAUUACCCCAUCGAUCUGGAUGAGAUAGCUUAUUUCACCUGGGUGUCUUAGGGCUUUUUGCCGCCGGUUUUAUUGGAGUCAAAAAGUACUGAAAAAUGACAUACACACACCGAGCGAAGGUCAUUCUGUUGACCAGUCAUUCUGUUUACCGGCAGCCCUACUCUGUCCCCCCAUGUGUCUUCAUUAACAAUCCAGUUGAAGUUCCUUAUUUUUGUUAGGGUGAAAUAUCUUUAGCCCUGAAGUUCAGUCUAUAACCCAUAGUAUGUGUGUGUGUUUGUUUUGCUUUACCUUUUUCUUAAAUGCUUUUUAUACAGCAAUCGAUGAGAACAAUUUGGAGUCCAGACUGAAUGCAUUAUGAUGCUGAACUUUUCAUAAUUUGCAGUGGUUACAGCUCAGUCAUGCUUACUGAAAUAGUAUGUUAUCAUCUUUCUAUCUAUUAUUAUUCUUAUUCAAUCACUUCCUGUCAGCAGUUAAUUAAAACACCCACACACUGUAAUAAAUGAUCAGUUCAUAGCAGGUUCUGCAAGAGAGAGAUUGCUGGCAGCUGACUGUUUUAUUCUCCUCUAAGCAGUUAUAAAAUGAGUACUGUUACAGAUUAUUCCAGACCAGUGUAAUAACAGGGAUGUUAUUUCUUAUACUAAUACCUGGGGGUGUAAUGUCUGUGCACUGGCAUAACAGAUUGUGUGACUCUGUUGAGGUAGAGACUUUAAGCUUAAAGCACUAAAUUACAUAUGGUCCUUGACUGGCCUUGCAGCAGGAGAUGGGUGUUGUGUUUGGACGGGGAAUUUGGUUUUCUCUGUAUCCACUUGUAGUAAAAGGUGUCACGCUACACUAGCUGCCUCACACAGCAGAUCCCUGUUGUGGAAAAGCUCCAGCUAGACCUUGUCUCUCUCCCGAGUUUGUUAAUGUAAAAAUUAACCUUUUAAGUAAGAUUGCAAUUUAAAUAUUCACUAAAUGUGUACAACUCUGAGAGAGGGAAAGUUCAGUUAAAAAUAAAAUAAUAAUUACAAAAGCGUAUGUAAAAUUGAAUUAAUAAAAAAAUCUAAAGCAUGGUUAUACAUUUCAGAUACUAACGUUUCUGCGGAAAUUGCACCUAUAUUUGUCCUUUUUAUACUGUGAAUAAAAGGAACCUUUAUAAGCUGCCUUUAUAACCAUACCGUACAUUACACUACACAGUCACAUAGUGCCCGUCACCUGUAAGCAUAACGAGGUGCCUUAAAAUCACAGUAAUGUUUCUGAAUGCUAAAUUAUGUGGAAGGUUUGUGCAGUGCCAUUGUUUCUCAGGGUUCCUUUGCUGUGUUGUAUGACCCUGGUUGUUUAACUUAUAAUUGCUUCCUUGUGCCUCCUCACUAACCAAGAUUUGUAAUCCUUUAUGGAGAGGAGGAGGCAAGGAUGGAUGUUGGGGGCG